AUGCUGUCCAAAUCAAUUGUCGCGCUCGCACUUGCGCCUGCUGCUCUUGCCCACUUCACCCUCAAGUACCCUGCCACCCGUGGCUUCGACGAGGACAAGGAGUCCACCUUUCCUUGCGGAGGCUAUGACACUGUCGCAGCGCAGCGCAGCGACUUUCCCAUCAGCGGCGCGCCUAUUCAGAUCAAUUUGGGCCAUCAGCAGACCAACGUAGCUGUGUAUCUGGCCGUCGGCGACAACCCCAGUGGCUUCAGCGUCGUCCUGAAGCCUCAAUUCGUGGUGGCUGGCUACGGAGAUUUCUGCUUGGGCGACGUCAGCAUCCCCUCGAACUUGAAUAUCACAGAUGGCACAAAGGCUUCUAUUCAAGUCAUUACCAAUGCGCACGGCGACGGUGGUUUAUACCAGUGCGCCGAUGUCAACCUGGUCAGCACAACACUCUCCCAGUCGGACUACAGCACAAACUGCAAGAACGGCAGCGGCGUCUCAGUGACCCAGGAGAACCUGUCUGGCAACCCCAACGACACAAGCAGCACAAGCACGACAAGUAGUAGUGCAAGUGGAAGCGGAGCUGCUAGUUCUCCAACAGCAAGUCCUGCAGGUGCGUCACAGGCAAAGGCUGCAUCAGGCAAAGGCACACCCCGCAGGAAGGUUAAGAAGGUCCACAGGGCCGCUGGCACCGACGACAAGAAGCUCCAGGCUGCGCUCAAGAAGCUGAACGUCCAGCCUAUCCAGGCUAUUGAGGAGGUCAACAUGUUCAAGAGCGACGGCAACGUCAUUCACUUCUCGGCACCAAAGGUUCACGCCUCGGUACCCGCCAACACCUUCGCCAUUUACGGUGUCGGUGAGGACAAGGAGCUGACCGAGCUCGUCCCCGGUAUCCUUAACCAGCUCGGCCCCGACUCGCUCGCAUCGCUGCGCAAACUUGCCGAGAGCUACCAGAGCAUGCAGAAGGAGAAGGGUGAGGGCAAGGAUGACGAUGAGGAUGAUGAUGACAUCCCCGAUCUCGUUGCCGGCGACAGCUUUGAGUCGGCCGAGAAGGCCGACAACAAGCCUGACGUCGAGUAA